UCAGGAGCAGGGCCAAGGACCACUCCUCGGCGUGAGGAGGAGCGCAGGGACGUCCAUGGCCGGGCGGCGGCGAUGAACGGGGCGCAAGUGGAGGCCGCGCUGAACCGCAAGAACGUCGAGGUGCUCCAGGGCGAGGACCACGUCGCCACGGCCACGGUGCUACCAGAUCGCCACGAGACCAUCGGCGGCGCGCUGGACGGCGGCGAGGACCCGGCGUGGGUCCCCGACCAGGACACGGGCGUCUUCGUCCCUGCCGAUGCCGGCGCUGACGCCCACGGCGGCAGCGGUGCGCAUCCCGUCCCACCGCACCUGUACGGAGGCGUGGGCGGGUCGGCGUCGGUGCUGGACCAGGCGGUGUUCGUCCGGGAGGACAUCGAGAGGCCCGCCAUGGACCUGACCGAUGCCAACGGCGGCAACAACUAGCUGGUGCAGGUAGCUGCAUCCAUCAGCUAUGCGCCUCCUCACAAGUGGAAUUGGCUGUUCCCGGUGUUCGCUGGCGCUUGAGGCAGGCUCGGCUUGGCGGCUGCACGGGUGUCAGAUCCGGCCUGACCGGGGUUGUGCUGCUAAAGCCGUUGGAUCCGGCUUGGCCUAGCGGACUGCUCCCCGGUGGUGAUUGCCUCAAGGUUGGAGCUGGAACUGUGUGGCGGCACCGCCGAUCUUUGAUUUGUGGGUUGUGGUGGACACUGAUUGUUCCUCUGUCCAUAAUCAUUGGCUGCUGCUGGCAACUAGCAUUGGUGUGGUUGUGGGAUGCAGCCGGAAGGCUCCUUCAUGAGUUUUGGCCGCUCUCACUUCGGUCAGCUUGUUUUCGACGGCAUGAUGCAAUCUGUGGAUGAUGACUUGACGCAAAGGGAUGGGUGUGCAGCGAUGACGUUGUGCUUUAGCGCAUGUAAUUGCCGGGAUCAUGGAAAGGUGAUGGUGACAACACAAUUGACUUCGAUUUGAUGGUGCUUCUCGAGUACCUAAUAUGGAGCUCCGUGGUGAAAACCAAGGUUUGAACUGAGAUGGUUUUACCUGGCAAUGACGAUGCUUUUGCAUCGUUAUCUUGUUGAAGGCAUUGUUCGGAGCUUGGACUUGUUCUUCAGGGUGAAAACUUAGAAUCUGGCCUUUGAUGGUUGGAUCAGGUGAUGAUGACACUGAGUGUCGUUUCCUUCAUGAAGGCGUUGUUGAAGAACUUUUCUCGUCGUCAGGGUGUGUCAAAAGAUGUUGGUGCGGAUAAGGUCAUUGUUGUAGUUUGUCAAUCGCUAUCUUGAUCGGUUUGGGAUUCUUUUUUUUUUCCUCGCUUAGGCAUAGCUUUGGUCUUAUAUGACUUUGCCAUUUGUCGGCGUGUUUAUGUGUGUGUGCGUUGGUGUCGGCUGUGUGCAUCUUAGCUAUGCAGAGGCCGGGUGUG